CCCCCGCCGCUCGUCCCCGCCGCGGCCGCGCCGCCUGCAGCAGCACCAGCUGCUCCUCCCCGGCGGCCGCCCCCCGCGGGUCCCUCCCUGGCUGCGGGAGAGACGGAGUAGAGGGAGGACACGGACCCGCGCUGCCCGCACCGGAGACCUUCGCCUCGCCCCGCCAGUUCCUCACCCUCGGGGAGCAACAUGGAUAAUCUCAGUGAUACCUUAAAGAAGCUGAAGAUAACAGCUGUUGACAGGACUGAGGAUAGUUUAGAAGGAUGCUUGGAUUGUCUGCUUCAAGCCCUGGCUCAAAAUAAUAUGGAAACAAGUGAAAAAAUCCAAGCAAGUGGAAUACUUCAGCUGUUUGCAAGUCUGUUGACUCCACAGUCUUCCUUCAAAGCCAAAGUAGCUAACAUCAUAGCAGAAGUAGCCAAAAAUGAGUUUAUGCGAAUUCCAUGUGUGGAUGCUGGAUUGAUUUCACCACUGGUGCAGCUGCUAAAUAGCAAAGACCAGGAAGUGCUGCUUCAAACGGGCAGGGCUCUAGGAAACAUAUGUUACGAUAGCCAUGAGGGCAGAAGUGCAGUUGACCAAGCAGGUGGUGCACAGAUUGUAAUUGACCAUUUAAGGUCACUGUGCAGUAUAACAGAUCCCGCCAAUGAGAAGCUCUUGACUGUCUUUUGUGGCAUGCUGAUGAACUAUAGCAAUGAGAAUGGUAAACAAAACUGAAAACUUGCUUUGUCUCUGGGGGAAAAAUUUAAAAUCUUUACUAUAGUGCAAAACAAAAUAUUUGAAAAAUGAACAAAGAAUUCAUAAGUGACAUAUAAAAUUAAUAAUUAGCCAACAUUAAAUUUCAAUGUUUCAAAAAUGCAAAAUGGUUAAUUUACUAAAUGGGACUAAUAUUUGAAGGGCUGCCAGUGUUGAUCAGUAUCAAAAACAAAAACUCCCACAGCCCUAUGGUGUGAUUUAAGCAUUCUUACUAUGAACAUUUUAAAAAUAAACAAUACUAAAAUAGUUUUAUGUUCAUUAUAUAUAUACCAGAAAUAGCUUUAAAAUAUGAACACUGUUUACAGAAGUAAAAUUAUUUUAUCUAGAUGCCAGGUUUACUUUGAAUAAUCUUUUUAAAACUAGUAAAAUUUGCCUUUAGAAAUGAGUUCAGAGCAAUUGCAGAGAUCAGAGAUCUCAUUUUAGAAAUUUAAUAAAUUAUUGUAAACAGCAGGUUUUUUUUCUCUGUAAAACGUUUUUAGACCCUAGCAACAAAUGACAUGUCAGUAAUUUUCAGAUAGCCUAUAUGGUUGUUAAUUAAAUGAAAAUAAGUCUAUGAUAUUAAGGCUUCAUAAUACUUUUGUGUCACAAAAUCCAUUUGUUUAUCAUCUUAUAUGAAUCACUGUGAAUCAGACAUUCAAAUUUUGGUAUGUUCUUGGUAUGUAACACAAAUAAGGUUUUUCUGUGGUUUGUUUCAUAAUGGCAUUUUAAGUUGUGUUAUUUUGGCAGAGAUAUUUUAUUUGCAUAUUGGACAUACAGUAUUAUUCUUUCAUGUGUUCUAGAAACACAUGGCCCUUUUGGCAUAUUUUUUAUUUCAUUUUUCACAUUUGGUAGUGUGGGUCCAAGUAAAUAUCAAUAAUUAAAAAAAAAAAAGAUAAACCUUGACAAUAAAUGGAUACAGACAUUGGCCCUUGAUGUUAGUGACAACAGUGAAUGGUGGAGACUGUGGUAAAUUGAAGAGCCCUUGUCCUGUUGAAAGAGGAAAACCUCUACUCUUCUCUAGCCAGUUGUUUCUGUAUGACGGUUUAGCCAAAUACUGCCCAGUCUUUUUUAUUUUAGGGGUGGAAGGUCGGGGAGAAAGCCUGAAAUAUCUAGCUUUUUAGAUAACAUCUGAGUUUUAAAUGUUGGAUUACAUAUUUUUAAUACUAUAGAAGCUAAACAGAAAGUAUCUUCAGGUCUCAUCCUGUCUAUGGGCUACCAGUUUUAAGCCUUUGAAUUAAAAUUAUCUAUAAUACUAGAGGUUAAAAGAAUGUUUAUUGAUCAAAUGGCUUACCUACUAAACUUGAGCUAAUGGUAAAUGGUAGUCUUCAUAGGAUAAGUUAUAUCUAUUUUUCCUCCCUUCUGGUGGAAUCAAUUUUGAAGAAAAAAUGUCCUAAAUAUAAAUGUGAGACACAGAAAGGACAGAGCCUGAGUAAUCCACAAAA